CCGGAAGUGGCCGGACCGGAGCGCAGACGGCCGUACGUCCGUCGGCCCGUCGGUCCGCUCGUCCGCCGCCGGUGCCUCGUCGUCUUUGCGACCCGAGCAGCGGCCGGGCGGUCAUCAUGGCGACGUUCAUAUCGGUGCAGCUGAAGAAGACCUCGGAGGUGGACCUGGCCAAGCCACUGGUGAAGUUCAUCCAGCAGACGUACCCGAGUGGCGGCGAGGAGCAGGCCCAGUACUGCCGCGCGGCCGAGGAGCUCAGCAAGCUGCGCCGCGCCGCGCUCGGACGCCCGCUGGACAAGCACGAGGGCGCGCUCGAGACGCUGCUGAGAUAUUAUGAUCAGAUUUGUUCCAUUGAACCCAAAUUCCCAUUUUCUGAAAAUCAGAUCUGCUUGACAUUUACCUGGAAGGAUGCUUUUGAUAAAGGUUCACUUUUUGGAGGUUCUGUAAAAUUAGCUCUUGCAAGCUUAGGAUAUGAAAAGAGCUGUGUCUUGUUCAAUUGUGCAGCCUUAGCUAGCCAGAUUGCAGCAGAACAGAACCUGGAUAAUGAUGAAGGAUUGAAAAUCGCUGCUAAGCAUUACCAGUUUGCUAGUGGUGCCUUUUUACAUAUUAAAGAAACAGUUUUAUCUGCCUUAAAUCGAGAGCCCACCGUGGACUUAUCACCAGAUACUGUUGGGACCCUCAGUCUUAUUAUGUUGGCACAGGCCCAAGAAGUAUUUUUUUUAAAAGCCACAAGAGAUAAAAUGAAAGAUGCCAUCAUAGCUAAAUUGGCUAAUCAAGCUGCAGAUUAUUUUGGUGAUGCUUUCAAGCAGUGUCAGUACAAAGAUACUCUCCCAAAGUAUUUUUAUUUCCAGGAGGUGUUCCCUGUCUUGGCUGCAAAGCACUGUAUCAUGCAGGCCAACGCGGAGUAUCACCAGUCUAUCCUGGCAAAGCAGCAGAAGAAAUUUGGGGAAGAGAUUGCAAGGUUGCAGCAUGCAGCAGAAUUGAUCAAGACAGUGGCAUCUCGCUAUGAUGAAUAUGUUAAUGUGAAGGAUUUUUCUGACAAAAUCAACCGUGCCCUUACUGCAGCAAAAAAGGACAAUGACUUCAUUUAUCAUGAUCGAGUUCCAGACCUUAAGGAUCUAGAUCCUAUUGGCAAAGCCACACUUGUGAAAUCUACCCCAGUCAAUGUACCCAUCAGUCAGAAGUUUACUGAUCUGUUUGAGAAGAUGGUCCCUGUGUCAGUGCAGCAGUCUCUUGCUGUGUUUAAUCAGAGGAAAGCUGAUUUGGUUAACAGAUCAAUUGCUCAAAUGAGAGAAGCUACCACCUUGGCAAAUGGCGUGUUAGCUUCCCUCAAUCUUCCAGCAGCAAUUGAAGAUGUGUCUGGAGAUACUGUACCUCAGUCCAUAUUGACCAAGUCCACAUCUGUCAUUGAACAGGGAGGCAUCCAGACUGUUGAUCAGUUGAUCAAAGAAUUACCUGAACUACUACAAAGAAAUAGAGAGAUCCUAGAUGAG